CUUUAUGUUCAUUUGUUGGUAAAGUCCUAGCCCCCACUUUCAUUGCAAACCUGUCCUAUGAGUUUGAAAUGGUAGAAAGGGUUAUGGUUUCACACCUUUUUUUAAGGUUGGUAAACCAGCUGUUGAAAACAUUAAAUGUCACAGAAUAAGUCUGAAUGUCACAGGUGGUUUGCACCACAGAUCGAUGCUCAUAAUGCUCAUAGUAAGAACACCUCUGGUUCCCUGAAUAUGAAUUCUACAGCUGCCUUGCUGAGGACCACUGCACAGCCUCAAUGGACUGAGAUGGUGACCAACAGCACCCUUGAUCUAAAUGAUCAUGCAUCAUCCAAUUCAAGUGUGAAUGGACAAAGUGCUGAGGAGCCAUAUACUGAUGUGCCAUAUGACUAUUCUGACUACUAUAAUAAUGAAAACUUGGAUUCACAUUCCUGUGUUUAUGGAAAACAUGGAGCUAUCUUCAUCCCUGUGUUAUACUCCCUGUUUUUUGUGGUGGGCUUUCUGGGUAACACACUUGUGAUCUGGGUGGUCUUGUUGGGUGUGAAGAUGAGAAGCAUGACUGACAUCUGUCUCUUGAACCUGGCUAUAGCUGACCUGCUGCUGGUCUCCUCUCUUCCCUUCCUGGCACACUAUGCCAGAGACCAGUGGAUCUUUGGAAAUGUCAUGUGCACUAUGGUCCUCAGUGUCUACUACAUUGGAUUCUACAGUGGGAUAUUCUUUAUUGUACUGAUGAGUGUUGAUCGAUACUUAGCUGUAGUUCAUGCUGUGUUUGCCUUGAGAGUCAGAACAAGGACAUAUGGGAUCUUAGCCAGUAUGGUCAUAUGGAUCAUUGCUGUUUUUGCAUCCUUUCCUGAGUUGAAGUACCUCAAAACCACAGACUUAAAUAAUCAUUCUUUUUGUACACAUUAUCCAACAAAUGAUCAAUCUUCUUAUCAUUCUUCAAAGAUAAAUUGUAUCUUUAAAAUGAAUGCCAUUGGUUUAAUUAUCCCACUUAUUGUGAUUGGAUUUUGUUACUCAAUGAUUCUGAAGAGACUCCUGACAGUUCGCUCUUCCAGGAGGCAGGCCAUGCGUCUAGUUAUUGUGGUAAUGGUGGUCUUCUUCUGCUGUUGGGCUCCAUACAAUCUUACAGCUUUUGUGAAAGCCUUGGAGCUAAAAGGAUACAUACCUGUAUCCUGUGACAGCAGUAAGGCAAUCAAUUUAAGUCUGCAAAUCACAGAAGUUUUAGCUUACUCACACAGCUGCCUGAAUCCAAUUCUCUAUGUGUUUGUGGGAGAAAAAUUUAGGAGGCAUCUUUUCAGACUCCUGUACAGGACACCCUUCAGUAGAUUGCAAUUCAUGAAGAGUUAUAUUAUGCAGGCCACGGGAUCUGUUUACUCACAGACCACUAGUAUGGAUGAGAGAUCCGCUGCAGUGUGAGCGGAUAUGAACAUCUAAUAAGGAUUUACUUGGAUAGAUAGAAAAAAGGUUUCUUUUCCAGUAUAUCUACUGAUACACAGUCACAAUUUAGCUUUUUUUUUUCUUUUUCCAAAAUUGUAUAUAGACAAAGAACUUUUGAACAGGAUCAUACAAUGUCAUGCACAAGCCCCAUAGUGUUAUUUGUGCAUAUAUUUGUAAAUGUUUGUAUUUAGAUUUCUUAUCUUUUAUUUUUUUAUUUAGAAUUUUUGGUUGUUUUCUAGCAGCUAUAUGAAUUUUAUAUUUGACAUGUAUGCAUAUAUUUUACUGUUACUGGCUUUUUUGUUUAUUAAUAUUAUAAUGAAAUGAACUAUAUUUUGUUAGAAUAAAUACAUUUAAUAAAGAUGUAUAUAAGUGUCUGACUCUCA